AUGGACAUGGAAAUGAGCUCAAGGACGUGUAACCAGUCGAUGCUGUGGAACUGGUACACCAUCGACUCGUGUUUCAUUGCAGAGUCAUGGCAUGUCGGCAGCAAUGGCGCCUUCGCGGCCACGUGCAUUGGCACCGUCCUCUUAGUGAUGGUAAUGGAAGCCCUGCGACGCCUCGGUAGAGAGUUUGAUGACUGGAUCCUACGAAGCUUCCAGGCUGGGGCGGCAGCAGCCACCAGCCUCGACCUUUCAUUCCUGACACCAGACCCUCUCGCACAACACCAAAAGAACGACGACGGGUCGACCAAGGCCGCGAGCAAGACCACAAUUACCGCAACGGGUCAGAUGCAGGCAAGCCGAGCGGUUAUGUUUCGUGCAUCGCCGUUGCAGCAGGCUAUCCGAGCUAUCAUCCACGCGAUGUCCCUGGGUGUCGCUUAUCUUGUGAUGCUGCUGGUCAUGAGCUAUAAUGGCUAUGUGAUCAUAUGUGUGAUCAUUGGCGGCGGGCUUGGAAAAUUCUUCUGUGACUGGAUGACAAGGCGAAUCAUUGUGAAGAGCGAAGGAAUGAAAAUAGGGAGUGAUGAGGAGGAGAACACGGCUGUCGGAGGAAUCGAGGAGCCCAGCGUGUGCUGUGGGUAG